AUAAAGGAGCGCGAUCAGGGCUUAACCAGAGAAAAAUCUGCAUUGGUUGGAUUUGCAAAUUUGUAUAAGGUUAAGGGUGAAUCUGGUCUUACUCCUUUUCAGUUCUUUUCAAAACACAAGCAGUUACUUAAGGAUUUUUUCUAUUAUCACCGUAACAUUAAGUUUACUAUGGUAUUAGUUUGCAUGAUGGAGUAUAGAUCUGGUGAUUUUAAAUUACAGGUUGUUCAACAAGAUAAGACUUAUUUUCAUUCAGAAACUUAUAUUAAUCUUAAGUCAACUGAAGAGAGAAAAGUAGUUACUGAUGCUAUUCGCGAUAUUUUAAAUAAGUUAAGUUUUUAUCAGUUGCAUGGAAGUGGCUGGUAUUUUAAGGAAGUUUUAUAUUUAGAGAUACAUACUUAUGAUUUUAAUCCAAUUAGGGGUUCUUCUUAUAUUCCCCUUCCAGAUUGGAUAAUGAGGAAAAAGGCUAUAACCAGUAUUAGAAAUAAAGAUAACAAGUGUUUUAUCUGGUCUAUAUUACGUUAUCUUCAUCCCUUGCCAAAGUAUGAUUCUAGUUUGAAAGAUCUUAGACCUUAUGAGAAAGACCUUAAAAUACCAAGUGGGUUUAAAUUUCCUGUUAAAGUUUUUGAUAUUACUAAAUUUGAGAAUGCUAAUCCAAAUCUUCCAGGAAUAAAUGUAUUUUCUGUGAAUGACAGAAAUGUAAUUUAUCCUUUGAGAAUGGCUUUUAAAGAUCCAAAUAAAACAAUAGAUUUAUUCCUUUAUGAGGAGAAUGGCAAAUGUCAUUAUUCACUAAUUAAAAAUUUUUCAAGAUUAGUACGAUCUCAGAUAACUAAAUGUACAAGCCAACCUUUAAAAAUAUGUAAGAGAUGCUUUAAUCAUUUUGUAUCAGAAGAAAGGUUUAGAACUCAUAUAAAAUAUUGUAUGAAUAAUGAAGUAGCUAUAGCAAAAAUGCCAAAAGAAGGAAAAGAUGAUAUAAUAAAAUUUAGAAAUACUCAAAAACAAUUUCCCCUUCCUUUUGUAGCCUAUGCUGAUUUUGAGUGUUUUACAAAGCCAAUGAGUAGUUGUUCUCCAAACCCAGAAGAAUCAUAUAAUUAUAAUUAUCAAAAACAUGAACCAUCAGGAUUUUGUAUUUAUUUUCAAGGAAUAGUUGAUACUAAAAUUAAACCAAUAAUAUACACAAAGCAAACUGAAGAUGAAAAUUUAGCAAAAAUAUUUGUAAAUAAACUUGUAACUACAAUUCAAAAUAUUUAUAAAGAUUAUUAUCGUAGAUUAAAGCGAAUUAUAUUAACACAAGAAGAUCAUUUAAAUUUUGUUAAAGCAAAAACUUGCCAUAUUUGUCAAGGUGAAAUAAAAGAAGAUGAGGUAAAAGUAAGGGAUCAUUGUCAUUUUACAGGAAAAUAUCGAGGGGCUGCUCAUGGUCGUUGUAAUGUGAAAGUUAGAAAACCUUUACUACUUCCAGUUAUAUUACAUAAUCUUCAGGGAUAUGAUGCUCAUUUAUUCAUUAAACAACUUUCUAAGCUUCCAGGUAAAUUUAGUUGUAUACCUUCAACUGAGGAGAAAUAUAUAUCAUUUUCUGAGGAGUUUGUGUUUGACAAAUAUUAUUGUGUUAAAAAUGGAAAAAUGAGGAAUUUAAAGUUUGAAAUACGUUUUAUAGAUUCUUUUAAGUUUCUACAAACAUCACUUGCUAAUCUUGUAUCAAAUUUGCAACCAGAAGAUUUUAUUAAUACUAGACGAUUAUUUAAAGAAAAUACAGAAUUACUUACUAGAAAGGGUGUCUUUCCAUAUGAUUAUGUUUCAUCACUUGAAAAACUAGAUGAGCAUCAGCUUCCACCCAAAAAAGAAUUUUAUUCUAAAUUAAAUGAUGAGGAUAUAUCAGAUGAAGAUUAUCAACAUGCAUUGAAUGUAUUUCAAAAAUUUAAUUGUAAAUCAAUCAGAGAUUAUCACGAUCUUUAUCUUAAGUCUGAUGUAUUACUUCUAUCUGAUGUUUUUGAAAACUUUCGUAAAACUUGCCUUAAACAUUAUAAGUUAGAUCCUGCUCAUUAUUAUACAUCACCUGGGCUGGCUUGGGAUGCAUGUCUUAAAGAAACGCGACAGGAAUUACAGCUAUUAACUGAUUAUGAUAUGUUAAUGAUGGUUGAAAAAGGUAUUCGCGGGGGUAUAUCCCACAUAUCAAAAAGAUAUGCAGAAGCAAACAAUAAAUACAUGAAGGAUUAUAAUCCAGAUAAGGAGUCAGUUUACAUUCAGUAUUUGGAUGCAAAUAAUCUUUACGGAUGGGCUAUGUCUCAACCACUUCCAACACACGGAUUCAAAUGGAUGAAAAAUUUAACAAAAGAAAAAGUUAUUAAAAUUCUUAGUAGGAAAGAUGGCCAAAAUGGUUUUAUUUUUGAAGUAGAUUUAAAUUAUCCUAAAUCUUUAUGGAAAGAACAUAAUGAUUAUCCCUUAGCACCAGAGAAAAAAAAGUCAACUAAUGUUGAAAAACUGUUUUGUGAUUUUUAUAAUAAGAAAAAUUAUGUUGUACAUUAUAAGAAUCUGCAACAGUAUCUUAAAAUGGGAAUAGAAAUAACGGCAGUUUAUAGAGGUAUAAAUUUUCUUCAAUCUGCUUGGAUGGAACCUUAUAUAAGAAAGAAUACUGAAUUACGUAAAAAGGCCGCCAAUUCUUUUGAGAAAGACUUUUUCAAACUAAUGAAUAACUCAGUUUUUGGUAAAACAAUAGAAAACAUUAGAAAAAGGCAGAAUAUAGAAUUGGUAGAUAAUUGCAAAAGAGCGCUAAAAUUAGUAGCGCAACCCAAUUUUCAACGUGCUACAAUAUUUGAUAAAAAUUUUAUAGCAGUACAUAUGAAAAAGCAAGAUAUAAAGUUUGAUAAACCUGUUUAUGUAGGUCAAGCUAUUUUAGAUUUGUCCAAAACUUUAAUGUUUGAUUUUCACUACAAUUACAUUAGAAAUAAAUAUCAAAAUAAAGCUGAAUUAUUAUUCACAGAUACAGAUUCUUUAAUGUAUGAGAUAAGAACAGAUGAUUUUUAUAAAGAUAUUGCACGGGAUAUAGAAAGCAAGUUUGAUACUUCAGAUUAUCCCAAGGAACAUCCUUCUGGAAUUUUAACAGGUGUAAACAAAAAAGUAAUUGGAAUGUUUAAAGAUGAAGUAGCAGGUAAACAAAUUACGCAUUUUAUUGGCCUUCUUUCUAAACUUUAUUCUUUCAAAGUAGAAGAGGAUAAAACAACUAAAAAAUGCAAGGGAAUGAAAAAAAAUGUGAUAAAGAAAGGAAUACAAUUUGAAGAUUACCACAACUGCUUAUUUUCAGGUGAAAAACAGAUGAGAAAGAUGAAUAUUAUACGCAGCGAAAAUCAUAAUAUAUAUUCAAAGGAAGUUAAUAAAAUUGCUUUGAGUUGCUUUGAUGAUAAACGCAAAGUCUUAAAGGAUAAAAUACAUACAAAAGCUUUGAGACCUCCUAAAAUAGUAUAA